AUGACCAGGACAAUUUCAUCCCUCGCUGAAGAGCGUUACCGCGACUCACAAUCCUCCACCUUUCCUCUCCCAACCGACCCGUCCAAUUCUCUCCCCGGUGCCCUGUCCGCAAUUCUCUCCCAUAAAUCCUGCCGGGCUUUCCUCCCCUCAAAUCUACCCCCGGGAACACUGGAAACCCUCAUCUCAGCAGCUCAAAGUGGCUCCUCCUCCUCCCUUAUGCAGACAUGGGACGUCAUCGCUAUCCAAGAUCCCGAGCAUAAAUCCAACGUCGCAUCGCUUGCAGCCGACCUGGACUUCAUCCGCCAAGCUCCUCUGUUUCUGGUAUUCUGUCCCAAUCUCCGCCGCCUGAAGAACCUUUCAGAGCAGUAUGGUCACCAGUCUGCCGACGCGCUUGAUAGCAUGAAUAUGUUUAUCAUGAGCACCGUGGAUUCGGCCAUCGCGGCGCAGAACGUUGCCAUUGCGGCGGAAUCACUAGGUUUGGGGAUCUGCUAUGUCGGUGCCCUGAGGAACAAUGCCGAGGAGGUCUGUAAAUUAUUAAAUCUGCCCCCUUUGACAUGGGGUGUGUUUGGAAUGGCUAUUGGGUAUCCGGAUACGGAGAAUAGGCGUUGUGGUAGGCGGAUCAAACCGCGCUUGCCGAUGCGGGAGGUACUUCAUUUCGAAAGGUGGAACGAGGAGGGGCAGAAGGACAACGUUGAGUCGUAUGAUAAGGCGCUGGGGACGUUCUACGAAGAAGAGGCCAAGUUCGGGCGAAAGGGCUGGGGAGAGUUCGUUGCGGGCAUGGUUGCGUCGCAGGAUCAGGGUGGGAGGGAGAAAGUUCGGCAAGCUAUCGAGAAUCAAGGUUUUAAGCUCAAGUAG